GUUAAGUAUAAAAGCAAAUACAUUAAAAGUGAAUAGAUUUGAUCUUUUGUUUUACUUACUAAGUAACAAGUAUUGUUUCAAUUUGCAUUAAAUGCUAGCGAUAAUGAGAUCUACUCGAACAUGAAUUGGAAGAGGCCAGAAAAUGUUGCUUAUCCCACAAUAUGGGGUAGAUUUGAAGGUAAAAGAGAUGCAGGAGGCAAGAAAAAUCAGUACUGGAUUCAAGACCUUACAAGAGAUUACUAUGAUGAGAUACUGCACCAUAUGUCAACCGGUUUUGUGACAAAAUCACCAAUCUGUAUAUACACAAAUUUUUUGGAAGACCAACAGUCAAUAGACGACUAUAUUCAAGUAUGGAAAAAGAUGUUCGAGCUACGGUUGUCUUUAAUAUGUUUGACCAAGGACGCAAAUAAUGUAACAAAAUUCGUAGGCUGCAAUCUUUUGGGAAGGAGAUAUAAAAAUGAAAAUCGAAAUAUAGAUGAAAUUUUUAAAGGAAGAGCCUCACGUGUCGCAGGGAGAGCAUUGUACCACGUAUACCAGAAUUGUAUAGAUAUCUUCACGGAAUUAAACAUUGAAGAAUACGUAUCCGCUUUUGGUUUGUACGUGUUACCGGAAUAUAGAGGAGAUGGGAUAGGGUACCAGCUUUUACAGGCCAGGCGUAAAAUUUGCCUAGCAGUAGGAAUAGAAGUGUCUGUCACAGCAUUCACCACGGUUGGCGGUCAAAGAUUAGCUGAAAAACUGGGUUUUAAGAACCUUUUGGAGAUCGCCUAUGAAGAUUUAGAAAAAAUUAAUCCACUGUUCAGGUUUCCCGGUAUAGAAAAAGGAGAAACUAAGACAAUAAAAUUAAUGUAUAAAAGAUAUAACUAGUAUGAAAUAUCACAAAAUGCCUUGUAUGUAAAACUCCCUAAUUGUAUAUUGAUGUGUACGUUGCAUUAUUUAUAUAUUUAUGAAGUGAUAUACUCGUAUAAGUGCAAUAAGUGAUUUUUAAUGGUUGUAAACGUUUACAUUUUUUAUAAAUCGAUCUGAAAUGUUGCAUUUUUUGAGAAGCCACUUGAUUUAAUGUUUCAAAGAAAAUAAAGUUAUGUGAAAUAUAGUGUCGGGAAUUAUAAAAUAGUUAUUUUAGUAUCCAGAACGCGAAAUGGUACUUUUGCGUUCAAAAAUGGAAGUUAUCUAUUUUGCCAAGCUUAGCGAGGCAAAACAUCCAUUAUUUUGAUAUAAUACGUUUUGUCUAUGAAAUAAAGCAUGAUAAAAUUUU